AUGGCGCUGGCGCACCAGCGGCGCGCCGCCGUGCUGUCGUACCCGCCGUUGAAGCGGCGGGGCACGGCGGGGUCGCUGGCGCGCGUGAUCGGCGACGACGGGCUCCGCGGCGACGGCCGGUCGCUGGAGGAGAGCCGCGCCGCGAGGUCUUCACUCUUACUCGCUCCCUUAUCCCCACUCACUCCCCUACCCUCACUCACUCACCUAUUCCCACUCACUCCCCUCUCCCCACUCACUCCCUCCCCCCACUCACUCCCCUCCCCCCUCUCACUCCCCUAUCCCCACUCACUCCCCUAUCCCCACUCACUCCCCUAUCCCCACUCACUCCCCUAUCCCCACUCACCCCCCUAUCCCUACUCACUCCCCUCUUCCCACUCACUCCCCCAUCCCCGCUCUCCCCUCUCCCCAAUCACUCCCCUCUCCCCACUCCUUCCUUUCUUCUCUCUCAUUCCCCUCCCUGCCGCCCCUUUUCUGAUCCCCCCCAACCCCUGCCCCUUCUCCCAUCAACCCGCCGCUUCCCCCACUUCCCACACCCCGUUUCCUCUCACCCUGCGUCCCCUCCCUCCCCCCCCAACCCCCCUCGCACCCCUGGCAGUUCUCAAGGCAAAGACAGUCACACAGGCGUCGGGGUCCGCAUAUGCGGAGUUCGGUGGCACCAAAGUGAUAGUGGCCGUCUUUGGUCCACGGGAGAGUCGCAAGGCGGAGCAAUCGGUGGGGGGGAAGGGGCGUCUCAAGUGUGACGUCAGAAUAGCACCCUUCGCCACGCCCAACCGCAACAGCAGCACGCAGGGAGCAGAGGAGCGGCUAGCUAGUGAGGUGGAGAGUGCGCUGCUGCCGGCCAUUCAGCUGCACCUCUUUCCCAAGGCCACCCUCGACGUCUCCUUGCUGCUGCUGGAGUCUGGUGGAGCUGACGUGGCAGUGAUGAUCACAGCGGCAUCCAUGGCGCUGGCAGACGCAGGCGUGCAUCUCAACGACCUGGUUACCGCGUCGGUUGUGUUCACAGGAGGAGCGGGUGGAGGAGGGACGGGUGGUGGUGGCACUGAUGCCAUCACUGAACGAGGUGGUGCUGUGCAAUGUCACGGGGAAUAUGUCGGGACGAAGCAGCAGCUGCUUUAA